UUGCACACGCCCGACACAAGUGAGGCACUGUCGCAACACCCGCGGAGAGAGCGAGGCAAAGAGCGAUCGGCCGAUCACACGAAGGGGCUUGAGCUGUUGCAGCUGGGACGGAUGGGGAAAGGCCGGGCACCGUGCUGCGCCAAGGUGGGGCUCAACAGGGGGUCAUGGACGCCGGAGGAGGACAUGCGGCUCAUCGCCUACAUUCAGAAGUACGGCCACGCCAACUGGCGCGCCCUGCCCAAGCAAGCAGGUUUGCUGCGGUGCGGGAAGAGCUGCCGGCUGCGGUGGAUCAACUACCUCCGGCCGGACCUCAAGCGCGGCAACUUCACCGCCGAGGAGGAGGAGACCAUCAUAAAGCUGCACGGUCUGCUCGGCAACAAGUGGUCGAAGAUUGCGUCGUGCUUGCCGGGCAGGACGGACAACGAGAUCAAGAACGUCUGGAACACGCACUUGAAGAAGCGGGUGUCACCGGGCGGGGAGGAGAACAACGCCGGCGCCAAGAAGAAGAAGAAACCCGCAGGCGCCGAGGUGCCAAUCCCGUCGCCGUCGCCAUCCUCGUCCACGACGACGACUAACUGCUCCAGCGGCGACUCCGGCGAACAGCAGAGCAACACGAGCAAGGAGCCGGAUGAGCUGGACCUGAAAAAUCUUGAGGCCCCCAUGCUCGACUCAGGCUUCGACUUCGACAUCCUGGUGGACCCCGUGCCGGAGCUGUACUGCCCGGCCGUGUCCGUGCCGUCGUCGCCCUGUGCAUCGUCCACGUCCCCACCGGUGUGCGCCCGCUGGGUGGAGGAGCUGCUCGAUCUGCCAGAGAUCGACAUCGACCAGGAGCUGUGGAGCAUCAUAGACGGCGACGGCGGCAGCGCCGGCCCGUUCACCGAAGCGCCAGCACCGUGCCAGGGCAAUGCAACGGAGGCCAACGCCGCCAGCACGACCAGACAAGAGGAGGGAAAGGAGCGGUGGUUGGAGAGCCUGGAGAGGGAGUUGGGCCUGUGGGGCCCCAUGGAGGACUACCACUAUCAGUACCCGAUGGGCCCACAAGGUCAGGUUUCUCCCCCGGACCAACUUCCUGCCAUGGUGCAGGACCCAGUGUGCUACUUCCAAGCGGGACCCACUCCCGCCACGCUCCAGGGACCCGAAUGCUCUGUUAUCCUUACCAGUAACCAGAUGGUUUUAUGAGACUAUCAUGUCUCAUUUUUAGAUAGAAAACCUCAACAAGAUCGAACGGCUACGACCCGUACCAGCAUAAUAUUCUUGUAUAAUUGUACAAGUGCAAGUCUCCAAAGGACUAUAAGCUCAAUACGAAAUUACAAAUACUUUGACGUAAAAAUUAUGGACGUAGUCAAAGGAGAUAGUUAGGCGUAAUAAAAAAGAUACUUUUUUCUGGGCAAGUAGUGCUUGGCAAAGUGGUGCAAUGCAUUCACAAGGAGUCAAGAUUGCCGGUACUCUAGUUAGCCUCAAAUGUAACUUACCUUCAAUUACCGAUUGGUAUACAAGUUUAAAACAAUAACUUUAAAUUA